AUGGAGUUUUGGAAACUGCUUCUGGCAUCCAGGUCCUUCUUGGCUUCGUGGGUUUUGGCAGUGGGAGGCCAGAACUUACCACCCUGUUCUUUUCCGGCAAUUUACAACUUCGGGGACUCAGAUUCCGACAUUGGCGGCAUAUCUGCUACAUUUGAGUCAAUCAAACCUCCUAACGGCGAAGCAUUUUUCCAUAAGCCGGCCGGGAGGGCCGCCGAUGGCCGCCUUGUCAUAGACUUCAUAGGUUACUUUUAUUGGUUGGUUAGUGUGCUGAUUGAGUUUGUUUCCACUAUGCCGAGUUGGGUUCAGGUCUCCUCCCCAACAAUCCAGAUUCUCCUGGCGACACCACCAACAUGUGAAUCUGUAUAA